AUGAGAGACCUGCACCUCCCGCUGAACCAGACCCAGAGGGUUCGGCUCGCGGCCGCGCUCCACGAGCUCCAGACCCUCGCCCCCGCCGCCGCGUCCGCCGCCGCCGUCACCGUCGCGGACACCAUCCCAGUCAACCACGAGGACAACAUCCUCAAAGGGCAUGGUACAACGGAUCAGGAUGGGGAGGUGGUGGCGACGCUCUGUGGCGUCGUGGAGCGGGUAAACAAGCUCGUCUACGUGCGGACCCUUCGCGCAAGGUAUAAGCCGGAGGUUGGCGAUAUCAUAGUUGGCCGUGUCAUUGAGAUUGCUCCCAAGCGUUGGAGGUUGGAGAUAAACUUUAGCCAAGAUGCUGUUUUGAUGCUUUCUUCUAUGAACCUGCCUGAUGGAAUACAGAGAAGGAGAACUGCGGUUGAUGAGCUUAACAUGCGGAGUAUAUUUGAAGAAAAUGAUGUUGUCUGUGCUGAAGUUCGUGGUUUCCAACAUGAUGGAUCUCUUCACCUACAAGCAAGGAGUCAAAAAUAUGGAAAGCUUAAGAGGGGCCAAUUACUCACGGUACCUCCAUAUCUGGUGAAACGGCGGAAGCAGCAUUUCCAUCAUCUGGAGCAGUACGACGUCGACUUGAUCCUUGGCUGCAACGGUUUCAUCUGGGUCGGCGAGCAUGUUGUGGUGAACGAAAUUACCACUUUUAACGAAGACCAAGAGAAGCUGAGCGCUGAGGUGGAGACCUUUACCCCAAUGGAAACUAGGAAACACAUCUGCAGGCUCGCCAACGCUGCCCGCGUGCUUUCAGCCCUAGGGUUCACUCUGACUAUCGAGCUGAUAAUCCAGACCGCCGAAGCAAGCCUGUCAUCGAAUGUCAAGAUAAACGACAUGCUCGGGGCUGAGUUCUACGUCCAGACAGCCGAGACGGAGGCAAAGCGCCGGGCUGAUCUUCUCGGGAGAAAGAAGGGUGGCGCAAGGUAAACCGUGUCGUGCCUGACCCCGUACGAGAUGUGUAGAAGAAAAUAGUGACAAUCAGUGCCGCCGUAGUCUAAAGUGUAGACGCAACUUCGAGACCUGGGGAGCUCAGCCUCCACUCUGUCGCGUGCAUGUAUGUAGUGUCACCAUGAGAGAGAGCUUUAAUUUGUGCCAAACAAAAGAAUGCCUAUCUAUUUUGUUCUGCGCUUGACUUGUUUGUUCGAGGUUCUUUCAGUAAUUUCAACUUGUUAUUUCUGGAAACCUGAGUUGUUAAAAUGCUGUCGGAAGCCUAAACCCAGUGUACCUUUUUUCCA